AUGAAGAUCGCCGUCGAGGAAGCUCAGCAAUUGGCAGAUCGGGCCUUGCGCGAGCUCGGGUACAAGGAAGACGACAUUCCUACCAUCCGUGACCAUCUGAUCGAUAGUGAGCUCAGAGGCUAUGGCAUCGCUGGACUCGCGCGAAUCCUGAGCAUUUCAGAAAGACUGUCCGGUAAGGCGCCAGCAGCUGACAUCGAGGUGACCUCGGAGUCGCCCACAACAGCCCAGCUCAACGGCAAGGACACUCUUGGCUAUCUAGUCGCCCACAAGGCGACAAGAGUGGCAAUUGAAAAGGCUAAAGCUUGUGGUGUUUCAGCUGUGGGAGCCAACAAUACAUACUACACUGGAAUGCUCUCCUACUACGCCGAGAUGGCUGCGGCUGAGGACCUUGUGACCAUCAUCGCCUCGAACUGCAGCCCCUGGGUUGCUCCACAGGGCACCUACAAACCUCUCGUUGGAACCAACCCCUUCUGCAUCGGAGUUCCCACAGACGGUGUCCCAAUAAUCUACGACAUUGGCACUUCCCGCAUCAUUCAUGCCCAAGUAAUGCUAGCUAUGCGCAAAAACGAACAAUUGCCCCCGGACACGGCGUUUGACGAGAACGGAGAAAUGACGACCGAUCCUGAGAAGGCGUUAAAGGGGGCUCUGGCAGUGUGGGGUGGUGCAAAAGGGAGUGGUUUGGCUAUAGCGGUUCAACUACUAGGAAUUCUGGCCGGCUCUCCUGCACUGCCGCCAAAUCUGGAAGAGUUUGGAUACUUCAUCAUGGCCAUCGACCCGGCAAAAUUCAGACCGAUGGCUGAUUUCAAGCGCGAAGUGGGAAAUCUCAUUACCGCUUUCCAUACUACUCCGACCCUUCCUGGACAUGCUCUGAGGCUUCCCUUUGAGCGUUCGAACCGGCGCCGAGAAGAAAUCAGAGCCGGAGGAUAUCUUGAGGUCGACGACAUCGUGAUUGAGCGGCUCGAAGCAUUGAUCUCGCAGCAGUGA